UGGGACUCGGCUUCACACAUCACGGGGAGGGGUGAAUGGAAUAGCAGACAGAAAGUUUUAGUACCACGGACUCAACAUGAACUAAGGAGAAACUGGGACCAUUGUACAAAUAUUUACAAAUGCCUAGUGUCCCACCGUGUCAUAUUUCUGCUGGCGUGAGUGUGUUUAGGCCUACCGAGCGAUAACUCGUGUUAUGGAACAGCAAGUGAGCGAUGAAGAAGAACCUCAACCUGUAGUCCUUCGAGAAGAGAAUCGGAGGAGGAGAAGAAAGAUGAAAGCCUUCACCUCCACCUUCUCCGUGACCAUGGAUCAGAUAGCCAUCGAGUUCGUCCUCCCCACCACCACUAAGAGUAGCCGCAGUCCGGACACCUUGGUCCUGGAGGUGGCUGGGAACUGGACGGUGGAGCAGGUGAAAGCCCAGGUGUGGCUGAGGGUAGUAGCCACCAACCUGUGCCCCGAGUUCUAUCAGAAGUACUCCCCUGACCACUGCAUCCUGCUCUACCAGAAGAAGGGCAACUGGUGUGAGAUCUACGAUAAGCACCAGGUGUUUCAGACCCUGGACUGCAUUCGCUACUGGAAAGCUCUAAAGAAAGAUGUGGGGAAGAUCCACCUGACGUGCCGGCCUCAGCCCUCUGAGGAGUCCACACAGUACCAGAGGUACCUCAACUACCUGAUUGGCUACGACGUCACCGACGUCAGCAACGUGCACGAUGACGAGCUGGAGUUCACCAGGAGGAAGCUCCUCACACCCCGCAAGAUAGAGCUGGCCGACCGGGACCCCAAACUCUACUCAAUGGACCCUUGGAUCACAUCCAAGCACCUCCCAGAGUACCUGCUCACCAAGGUGACCAACAGCCACAUCCUGCUGGUCAUUCACAGGAACAAGGCCAGCCAGACCAUCAAGGUGUCCAUCGAUGACACGCCCGUCCAGGUGCUCCAGACCUUCUUUACGAAGAUCUCCAAUAAGAGGGCUCUGCUGGGAGUUCCUGAGGAUGUGUGUGAGGCAGACUACGUCCUGAGGGUGUGUGGCAGGGAAGAGUAUAUCUAUGGGAACCACCCGGUCAGGGACUUCCACUGGGUCCGACAGUGUCUGAAGAACGGGGAGGAGAUCCAUCUGGUCCUGGAGUCGGCUCCUAAUCCAGGUCAAGACCUGGUCCAGAAAGAGGACUGGGCACAGGUGGAUGACUGUACUGGAGUGGCAGGCACCCAUGAGCAGCUGACGAUCGACGAGAAAGACCACGAGCGGGUCUUCACAAUCUCUCUGUGGGACUGUCACAGGAAGUUCAGGGUUAAAGUCCUGGGCAUAGACAUCCCGGCCCUGCCGAGGAACCCUGAGCUGAUCGUGUAUGUGGAGGCCAGUAUCUUCCAUGGCCAGCAGCUCCUGGCUCAGGAGAGGACCUCCUCCAAGGCUUUCACUGAGGAGGUGCUGUGGAACACCUGGCUGGAGUUUAAUAUACGCAUCAGAGACCUGCCAAAGGGGGCUCGCCUCAGCCUACAGGUGUCCUGUGGGAAGGCCCAAACCCAGAUCUCUAAGGGCACCUCCUCCUACCAGGACAACGGAGGAUCCCCAGUUGGAGGUGGCAGCGGCAGCCAUGAUUGUAAUAAGACUAAGAGUCGUCUGCUGUACUACGUCAACCUGCUGCUGGUGGACCACCGCUCGCUGCUGCGCCAGGGAGAGUUCAUCCUCCACAUGUGGAAGAUGCCUGAGAAGACCGAGGACAACAGCAGCGUCAAUGCAGACAAGCUGACCUCAGCCACCAACCCAGACAAGGCCUCCUCCAUGGCCGUAGCCAUCCUGCUGGACAAGUACUGCUACCCAGUGGCCCUGCCCAAGAGCAGGGAGGGCAAGGAGGCUGGGGGGGAGGGUCGGGAGGCCGAGGGAGGGGAGAGGGGGCAAAGGGAGAUGCCUAACCACCUGAGGAAGCAGUUUGAGGCAAUUGUUGAGACUGAUCCACUGCACCCUCUCAGCCAAGAAGACAAAGAGCUGCUGUGGCACUUCAGAGAGGAGUGUAUGCGUCACCCCAGGGCAUACCCCAAGCUGCUGGGCUCUGUGCGGUGGGGUAGACAGGAGGCUGUCCUGGCCACCCAUAGGCUGUUGGAGAGGAGCUCCGUGUGGGACCGUAGUGUGCUGGAUGUGGGCCUGGCCAUGCAGCUGUUAGACUGCCACUACUCUGACGCUCACGUCCGCUCCAUGGCCGUACGCAAGCUAGAGACCCUGGGGGACGACGACGUCCUGAGGUACCUGCUGCAGCUGGUCCAGGCUGUGAAGUUUGAGCCAUACCAUGACAGUGCCCUGGCCAGGUUCCUGCUGAAGAGAGCUCUCAGGAGUAAGAGGAUAGGUCAUUUCCUUUUCUGGUUCCUGAGGAGUGAGAUCGCCCAGUCCAUGCACUACCAGCAGAGGUACGCUGUGCUGCUGGAAGCCUACCUCCGAGGCUGUGGAGAGGACAUGCUGCAGGAUUUCAGACGCCAGGUGGAGAUGACAGAAGCCCUGCAGAAAGUCACCAGGGAGAUCAAGGCCAUGUCUGCUGAGAAAUAUGAUGUUUCUGCACAAGUUGUGUUCCAGCUGCGUCAGAAGCUGGAGAACCUGCAGACGUCUGGGCUGCCAGAGAGCUUCAGAGUGCCCUAUGACCCUGGUCUACGGGCUGGUGCUCUGGUGAUAGAGCAGUGUAAGGUGAUGGCCUCUAAGAAGAGACCGCUGUGGCUGCAAUUUAAGAGGGCUGACCCCACCACACUAUCCAGUGACACCAUCGGGGUCAUCUUUAAGGACGGGGAUGACCUCAGGCAGGACAUGCUCAUUCUACAGAUUCUGCUGAUCAUGGAGUCCAUAUGGGAGGAAGAGUCUUUGGACUUGUCCUUAUUGCCCUACGGUUGUAUCUCUACUGGGAAUAAAAUAGGGAUGAUUGAGAUAGUGAAAGAUGCCACCACUAUUGCCAACAUCCAGCAGAGCGUUGUGGGAAGCACAGGAGCGUUCAAGGACGAGAUCCUCAACCAAUGGCUGCGGGACAAGUGUGUGAGCGAGGAAAAGUUCCAGCAGGCGGUGGAGAGGUUUGUGUUCUCCUGUGGAGGGUACUGUGUAGCCACCUACGUGCUGGGGGUAGGAGACAGACACAACGACAACAUCAUGAUCACUGAAUCUGGUAACCUGUUCCACAUAGACUUUGGACACAUACUGGGGAACUAUAAGAGUUUCCUGGGUAUCAGUAAGGAGAGGGUUCCCUUCGUCCUCACCCCUGACUUCCUCUAUGUCAUGGGCACAUCAGGGAAGAAGAGCAGCCCACAUUUCCAGAAGUUCCAGGAUGUGUGUGUGCGGGCCUACCUGGCUCUGAGGCAUCACACCAACCUCCUCGUCAUCCUGUUCUCCAUGAUGCUGAUGACGGGCAUGCCUCAGCUCACCAGCAAAGAAGACAUCGAGUACAUCCGCGAAGCGCUGACUGUGGGCCGGCCGGAGGAGGAGGCACAACGCCACCUGCUGGACCAAAUAGAGAUCUGCAGGGACAAGGGUUGGACCGUGCAGUUCAACUGGUUCCUACACCUGGUGCUGGGCAUCAAGCAGGGGGUGGAUAAACGCUCAGCCUAGGGUGCUCCCCUUAUGGUGUCAAUGGCUUAGUGGGCUGGCAACACCAGAGGGAUGGGUUCAAAUCCCACAUGGGUCACAUAUGUGAUAAUUGUAAGCCACUUUAGGUAAGAUUACUAUGUUGAUUGGACGCCCAAAUAAGGAGAGAGGGAGAUAUAGUCAGAGACUAAAGUCUGGAUCUAAAAGUUUGUCAACCCUUCCACAAUGAUGUAACUAGUUGUUCCGAUGCAUUGCCCAUUGACUGUACCAUGGACUGUAUACAGUAAGUCUUAUUUUUGCACUUUCAAGAUCAAAGCCUGAUCUUACCAUAUGUUUAUGAGUUAUACAUAGAUAUUGACUCCUGUUCCUCUGCUAAUGCACUGCAUCUGAUUGUAUCAUCUGUUAAUAUAACAUCCGACUUGUAUGACUGAUGGUGGCAAUACCAUAAUAAACCUGAUCGUAGAGAAAUCUA